AUGAAAGAUGCAUGUCAACAUUCUGCCAUAGCUCUUGUAAGUUCGGACUCCGGGCCGGAGUCGGGAAAUAUCAACGAUAUCGAUGAUGAGCUAGAGUCUAUUUACUAUGAAAAUUCAACCCUUUUCUCUCAGAUUGAAAGCGAAUAUUUGAAAACGAUUUCGGACGCCACCAACACGCCAACAUCGCAGCAAUCGAGCCCCCGUGGCCCUCCAGCAUUGGAGGCGCAAACAAAUCACCAUACAAAGAGCAAUAGCGACUUGGUUCAUCUGUUUAGCUCAUCAAGCGAAGAUGAAAAGGAGAUGGUGGAGCUUCUUUUCUCUGAUCACGAUCAAAAUUCCUGCGAGUUUGGUGGAGAAUCGCAAGAUCUUAUUGAGCCUUUUUCUCUAAAAUUUUCAAACCAAAAUGAGUACACUUCUUUUGAACGGUAUUGGUAUUCGGACGAGGAUCUCCCGCCCUUAGAAACUGUGACCACACUCGAUAUCCUUAGGAAUACACCAUCCUUGGCUUACAUGCCAAUGGGGCUUUUUUUUGCAAAAAUGAAUGCCCUUUGCAUUUCCUUGGUUUUAUUCAUUUUUUUACUGUUGGGGCUAUUGAGAGAUAUCGGGGCUGAUAUUAAAGUCACUGCUGAACUACUUGUAUAUGACCCAAGAAUAGAGCAAUACUUUUCACUCAAAUCUUUCGUUAAAAAAAUUCGAUUGGAGCUUAAUGCAGAGUUACAAGUCAUCGUGAAAAAGACAGUUUUGCCGACCAUUUCAACAAAACUGAAGAUACUUCGCGUAAAUUCAGAUCGCAGCGAAGAUAGAAAAAAUAUACAAGACAAAGAAACACUUGAUUUAGUUUCCAUUAAGGGCGGCUCAAACAUGUUUUUCGACCAGCUUUCAGGCGAGCUUCACUCAUGCUUUGGCAUUCCAUUUCCGCAAGAAAUGUUUGAGCAUCCAUAUUUUCUUGAAAAUGAAGUGCCUUUGAGUAAAUUCAACCACACUUGCCGUGAGGUGUCUGUAAAUGUGAGAAUCGAUGACUUUGAGCCGACCAAUGUGUCUCUGUGGAUAUGGAAUCACUUGCCCGGUUUUGAGGGAAACUCUAGCGAUUAUCGGGUUCACAUUUUUACAUCAGAGGCGCAAAAAAAUUCAAGCUUACAAAAGGAGCAUCCACAACAAGGAAAAAAUACCGCGGAAAAGAAACCAAAGAGUCUUUUUUCGAAAAUUCGCAAGCAAAUGCACGAAAUACUGCCUUAUGUUCAAAAGGAUACCAUUCAGCCAAGUGUAAGCUUUAUAGAUCUUUUCAAGACUCUUCCCGCACUGGAUCGCACCGCCUUUGCACGAAUGGUUGUACAAGAGAAAGCCAGGGUUAUUCCCAGCCAGCCCUGUCCGGAUCCAAAAACCGAAGCAUUUAUUCUGUCUUCCCUUUACGGUGUUAAAAAACCGGUAGCUAUAUUUACUGAAGAAAUUUCAGGUCAUUCUGCGCGAAAGCAAAAUUCGACAGUAACAACAAGUUUCAUGUUAAGCGACUCACCAUUGAAAAAAGAAAAGACCCCUUUGAAUCAGUUUAUUGAACAUAUAUUUCUGGUAGAAAAUUCCGCAGCAAACGGUCUUGCUAUAGCUCCAUUUGGUGCGUCUAUAUGCUUGAUUUUUUUGGGACUGGUAAUAUAA